AUGUCUAACGAUAAAUCAGAUUCUAAAAAACCCCUUUCCCUCCCUACCAUAUAUGGACGCUUAGACAUCACCUUAAAGCAUCCCCAUCUCCGCAGAAAAACGGGUCGAAUUUUUGACAUAGUGCAAGACUUCCGAGUCCGGGCCACCAAGGAUAGGGACACAGUUUCCCUUCCUGGCCGGGAGUACCUCUCACUCCCCGAAAUAGAUCCUCACAAGAAGGUGUCGCCCAGCAAAUUGCUGACGCGACAACCCACCUUUGUCAAGCCACGCUCGCGCCAAAGCUGGCAUAGCACUCGUACUCUGACCACAUAUCAACGCUCAAUACUGGAUGAAAAUGAGAAAGACUUUACGAGAAGGAAUACCGAGAAAAAGACCAAGAAACUACUCGGAGAACUUUACACAGACAAACAGUAUUUGGAAUAUAUUGUCAACUCAUCGGAAAGUUCUGGAUUAGGAAAAGAAAUAUUUGAAAAAUCAAAGAAAGGACUUGAGUACUUGAAAGAUCGCUGCAUGUUUUGGGAAAAUCAAACCCCGAUUCCACUAAGACCCGAUCCUAUGUUAGUACAACAGAUGUUCGGAUCACGCAUGCCUUCUCGUCGAAUGUCUGUUACUCGCCAGACGCGGGGGCCUGGAUCACCCCUGACGCAAGUAAAAUUAGACAGUAUGAGGGAAAAAAAUCGCGGGAAAACAUUUUACAAGUGA